UACCACUGUCUUCUCACCUACAACUUUAUUCCUGAAAUCUCAAUCCAAAUCUGUCCCUAAUGCUCCGUCUCAGUAAUCUUCAAAACUCUUCAUUCAAUCCUUUAUCAAUGAAACAAACAUGAGCAGAAAAUCCUGCUUCUUUACUCUUUAUUUUACGUUGUUAUCUCCAGAUGACAUGAGGCUGUUUUUUCCUCCUCAGGUUUGAUCUACGAGGACGGAGGUUGUGUGACGCCCUCCGACUGUCCCUGCGAGUACCACGGCAUGUUUUACCCGUCCGGUCAAACGCUGCAGGAGGAAUGCAACAACUGCACGUGCACGGGUGGAGUGUGGAACUGCACCGACUACAGCUGCCCAGGCGAGUGCUCGGUUACUGGUGACAUGUAUUUUCAGUCGUUUGACGGACGGAUCUUCACUUUUCCUGCGACGUGUCAGUACGUCCUCGCCAAGAGUCGAAACUCUGGAAAGUUCACGGUCACCGUCCAGAACGCCCCCUGUGGAGCCAACUUGGACGGGGCCUGCAUCCAAUCGGUGAACCUGGUUAUUGACGAGGAUCCGAGGACGGAGAUAACCCUGAGUCACGUCGGGGAGGUUUUCAUGGCCUCACAGUACCGCAUCUCCCUGCCCUACUCUGACGACGUCUUCCAGAUCCAGGAGCUGUCGUCCAUGUUCCUCCAGGUGAAGACGGCGUUCGGCCUGCGUCUGCAGUACAGCUGGAAGGAGUUUCGUCUCUACCUGCAGGUGGACGAGCGCUGGAAGGACGACACGGUGGGGCUGUGCGGCACCUUCAAUGGAAACAUCCAGGAUGACUUCCUAUCUCCGUCAGGUAUGAUAGAAAGCACUCCGCAGCUGUUUGGAAAUGCCUGGAGAGUCUCAUCAGCGUGUUCACACAGUCUGACCGGGCCUCCGCUCGACCCCUGCGACACACACCAGCAGGCCGUGACCUACGCCUCUGGGAUGUGCGACGUCCUGAACCAGGAUCUGUUCUCCUCCUGCCACGAGUACCUCAGUCCGACACCGUUCCAUCAGCAGUGUCGCUCAGACACCUGUAAGUGUGGGAAGCCCUGCCUCUGCUCCGCUCUGGCCCACUACGCUCGACACUGCCGCAGAUUCUCCGUCAUCGUCGACUUCCGAUCGCACGUUCCCGACUGUGACGUCAGCUGUCCCUCCACCAUGCAGUACGGCACCUGUGUGUCGUCCUGCCAGCGCCGCUGCUCUGCCCUGUCCGUCCCACAGCACUGUGGGGAGGAGUGUGAGGAGGGCUGCGUCUGCCCCGAGGGAUCCUUCUACAACCAUCGCACACUCACCUGUGUGCACAGGAGCGAGUGUCCCUGCAGUUUCCUCGGAGCAGAUUACGAGCCGGGAGAUGUGAUCAUGACGUCCGCAGGUGUUCAGCUCUGUCUGAACGGUAAACUGCUGUCUCAAACAACAGACAGUGACAGGUUGUGUCCGGCAGGUCAACUGUACCUGAACUGCUCGGAGGGGGAGGACGGCCUCCUGCCAGGAAGGGGUGUGGCCUGUGAGCGUACCUGUGAGUCCUACCUGCUGAACCUCACCUGCUCCACACAUGAGCCCUGUGUGGCCGGAUGUUCCUGUCCUCCUGGCUUCCUGAAACAUGGGGACGAGUGUUUCGAACCUGCAGCCUGCCCCUGUCUGUGGAAGGGAAAGGAGUAUUACCCAGGCGACAGAGUCUCCUCCCCCUGCCAUCAGUGUGUUUGCCAGCACGGGACGUUCCAGUGUGUGUUUCGUCCGUGUCCGUCCAUGUGCACGGCGUACGGAGAUCGCCACUACAGGACAUUCGAUGGUCUGCUGUAUGACUACGUUGGCGCAUGCAAAGUCUAUCUCGUAAAGAGCAGCGCGGAUGUGAUGUUCAGUGUCACGGCAGAGAACGUCGACUGUUUCGACAGCGGCGUCAUCUGCAGGAAGUCACUGCUCAUCAGCAUCGGAAGAUCCCUCGUGGCGUUCGACGACGACACUGCAAAGCCGAAUCCAUCCAGCGUGAUUGACAGGAAGCAGAGGAUGCUCAUCUGGCCGGCGGGAUACUUCACGGUGAUUCACUUCCCAGAGGAGGACGUCACCAUCCUCUGGGACCGUAAGACAACCGUCCACAUCCAGGUUGGACCUCGCUGGCAGGGGAAGCUCAGUGGACUGUGUGGAAACUUUGACCUGAAGACGGUGAACGAGAUGCGGACGCCCGACAACAUCGACUCUCCUACACCACAGGAGUUUGGUAACAGCUGGACGGCAGCGGAGUGUGUGAACAGUCCAGACAUCAGACACCCCUGCAGCCUCAGUCCUCUCAGAGAACCCUUUGCCAAGCGUCAAUGUGCCGUCCUGCUCGGCGAGGUCUUCCAGGCCUGCCACCCAGUGGUGGACGUUACCUGGUUCUACAUGAACUGUCUGGCGGACACAUGCGCCUGCAGCCGAGGAGGUGACUGCGAAUGUUUCUGCACCAGCGUGGCGGCGUACGCACACCGCUGCUGCCACCAGGGCGUCCCUGUCGACUGGCGCUCCCCGUCAAUGUGCC